AUGCCUUCAUACAAGGAUUCUGACGAUUACAAGACCUACAAAGAAGGUCUUCUCCAGGGCGGCAAGAACCACCGCAUGGAGGAUCUUCCUCCCUUCGAGUUCAACGAGGCUGGCGAAGUCAAGCUCGCCCCUGGCGAACUCUACUGCCGCUGGGUGGUAGAUCCAGCAGCAUCACGUGCACCAAGGUAA